AUGGCCCCAAAUAUGUUCAAAGGUUAUAAUGGAAAACGUGCGAUCAGGGUUAGCCAUUCGGCGCCCAUACAGAGGGAAGGCCAACCAAUGAAAAAGCCAAGACUUACUAAUGAUGGCAGAUCCGAAGUGACCCCUACUGUCCAAGUCAACAAACCCGCACAGAAUAGCAAACCUGAAGUGACCAAGUCGUCAAAAUUAACAGACAUACUACCUCCAUCUACUGAACGUCAAACUGGUCGCAGGUUGUUCGAUAUAUCUUCCACUUCAUCAUCUUCAAAAAGUACAACUUCCAAGAAAUCUUCAAAGGACUCCUUGGUGAGCCCUGAUGUUUCAGUUCAUGCGGAAAAAUCAGGACAGAAAGUUUUUGAAAAAGAAUAUCAAGUGGCCAGUGUUUCAGCGCCAGAAUAUCACCCUACAGAUAAAAAAGAAAUUAUGUUAAAAGGAUUAGAAAUCCAGCAGAAAGAGCGAAUCGUGUUAAACGUAGGAGGAAGAUGCUUUGAGAGCAGCCGGCAAACUUUGCAGGCUGACCCUAGUUCCCACUUGUCAGUAAUGACAGCAAGAGACAUGUGCUCUUCAAGCAAUGGGACAGAUGAUAAAACGUAUAUUUUGGACAGAAAUCCUAGAUAUUUCGAUUUCAUAUUAGACUACCUCAGAUCGUCAGAUUACAAUUAUAAGCUCCUCCCCACUGACAAAUGCGUACUGAUACAGAUCCAUAUGGAAACCACCUAUUAUGGACUUCCCGGGCUAGUACACUCAAUUGAAGAGAUAGAGAAAGGAAAGUAUAUGCCAUCUACCUUGUGGGAAGACUGA